UGGCGGGCAGAGCCCACGCCUCCAGCCGCAGAGCAGCUGUCAUUUCCGGAGUAAGAUGGCCGCAGUGCGCGUGCUGAGGACCUGGAGCCAGAGUGUUGGGCGGCGGGUUUGUGUUCGCUACUUUCAAGCAUGUAAUAAUGUUCACGCUUCGCAGCCAAAAUACGUGUGUCUCCUUGGUUACCCUUCAUUCAAGUACAGUCAUCCGCACCGAUGGCUGAAAACAACCGCUGCUCAACAGGGGCAGAUUGUCCAGUUCAAACUCUCGGACAUUGGAGAAGGCAUCAGAGAAGUAACCGUCAAAGAAUGGUAUGUGAAAGUAGGAGACACAGUGUCUCAGUUUGAUAGCAUCUGUGAAGUUCAAAGUGAUAAGGCUUCUGUCACCAUCAGCAGUCGUUACGAUGGAGUCAUUAAAAAACUGUAUUAUAACCCGGAUGACACGGCCUACGUGGGGAAGCCCCUGGUGGACAUAGAAACGGAAGCUCUGAAAGACUCCGAGGAGGACGUGGUGGAGACGCCGGCCGUGCACCACGAGGAGCACACGCACCAGGAGAUAAAAGGCCGGAAGACGCUGGCCACGCCCGCCGUGCGCCGCCUGGCCCUGGAGAACAACAUUAAGCUGAGUGAAGUUGUCGGCACGGGAAAAGAUGGCAGAAUACUCAAAGAAGACAUCCUCAACUAUCUGGAGAAGCAGACGGGAGCUAUCCUGCCUCCUUCCCCGAAAGCGGAAAUCGUGCCGCCCGCGCCCAGACCCAGAGACAGCCCUGCCCCCGCACCCCUGUCCAAACCUCCGGUGUUCACAGGCACGGACAGAACCGAGCCCGUGACAGGCUUCCAGAAGGCCAUGGUGAAGACCAUGUCGGCGGCCCUGCACAUCCCACACUUCGGCUACUGCGACGAGGUCGACCUGACCGAGCUGGUGCGGCUGCGCGAGGAGCUGAAGCCCGUGGCUGCCGCCCGUGGGAUUAGACUCUCCUUCAUGCCCUUCUUCAUAAAGGCUGCCUCCCUGGGAUUGCUGCAGUUCCCCAUCCUCAACGCUUCCGUGGACGAGCAGUGCCAGAAGAUCACCUACAAGGCCUCUCACAACAUCGGGGUCGCCAUGGACACCGAGCAGGGCUUGAUCGUGCCCAACAUGAAGAGCGUCCAGGCCCGCUCCGUGUUCGAGGUCGCCGCGGAGCUAAACCGCCUGCAGACGCUGGGCUCCGCGGGGCAGCUCAGCACCUCCGACCUCACGGGGGGCACCUUCACCCUGUCCAACAUCGGCUCGAUCGGGGGCACGUAUGCCAAAGCCGUGAUCCUGCCGCCCGAGGUGGCGAUCGGGGCUCUUGGAUCCAUUAAGGCCCUCCCGCGGUUCAACCAGAGAGGGGAGGUGUGCAAGGCCCAGAUCAUGAACGUGAGCUGGUCGGCCGACCACAGGAUCAUCGACGGGGCCACCAUGGCGCGCUUCUCCAACCUGUGGAAGUCCUACUUGGAAAACCCGGCCGUGAUGCUGCUGGAUCUGAAGUGAGACCCGGCGACCUGACCCGCGAGAAUCUCGGAGCUUCCAGCGACACGUGGAGCCCAGCCGCGCCCUUACACGCCCCUCGCGACAGCCCAUGUCUGGGUGGACUUCUCAUUCCCCCCCCCCCCCCCCACUGCUCUCCCUGGGCCUCCGUCAGUGAUGUGGGCAGGCAGGUCCAUCUUCGCUGCCGGCAUGACCCUCAUGGCCGCCCCAGCUCAGUGGCCUGGUGCUCGGGACGUGCUGGCUGAUGCGGGCUCUGUGCCCUUGGUAUUUUUAUGACGCGCUGAGAAAGCACAAAGUACAGCCAGCAACCCAGCCAAGGGUGACCUGGAGCCAGGGUGGCCCCGAGGCAGCCCUCAUGCCUGGGGAAAGUUCAGGGCGCUUUGCUGGCCACCAGGAAAAGCGUCUAGAGGAGGAAAAGGAAUCUGCAAACCUCCUCCUCACCACUAAAACCUUCAUUCUACAUGUUUGGCAAAGAAGAGUUCUUUCUAUGUGGAGUGCGGCUGUUUGAGAAUGCGUUAGAAUUCCGUGGUUAAUCAGCCUGCUUAGUGUUUUCUAGCUCCUUGGAGAUUUAGCAGAACGUGGGUCAUCAUUUUUCCUUUUAAAAUGUUUAUUAUGAAUGAUUCACGUACAGCAGCCUAACGUACAACUACACAAAGCAACGGUGCGUCUAAUGCCCAGCGGGACGGAGCACGGCCAAACCCAGCCACCUCACUUACUUAGGUGGGAAGGUGUUGCCCGCAGCAGAGGGGCGCCCGCUCUGCCCAGAAUAGAACCGGCCUGACUGACCGCCUUACUGCUCCACUGACCUAUGCACAGCCACCCUCAGGGAGAAUGUAAGAAAGCUACUGCAUCUGUAUCUUUAAUCGCCACACUUGAAUGCUGUAAUUAUUACUGUUCUUGCAUUCUCAUUUCUAGCUAACUUCACAUAACAUUUUAAAUGAAGCACUUCAAUGAUGAUUUUAUUUACUACUCAC